AUGCCCAAGAUAAAGGUUCUCUUCUUCGCGCGCGCUCGCGAGCUCGUAGGCGCGGCAGAGCAAACCUUAGAGCUGCCCGCGGACGCCGAUUCUCGCCUGCUGCUGGAGCACCUGUACGACGCGCACCCGCCGCUGCGCGAUCUCGCGCAAAGCGUGGUGCUGGCGGUGAACCACGAAUACGUGUCGCCUAGCGACCCGCCGACGGUUCUUAAAGACGGAGACGAGGUUGCGCUGAUCCCGCCCAUCAGCGCCUUGAUGUCACCAUGCACGUCAGCACCUGCGUCAUCAGCAGCACCGCCAACAGCAGAAGCAGAAGCAGAAGCAGGAGCAGCAGGGGAAGAAGGGAGGGUAUGGGAGAGCGUGGGUGCAGACGUGCUGCUGGCCGUGCUGCAGCGCCUGACAGCGCGUGAAUGGGCGGCGUGCUGCUGUGUGUGCUCGCACUGGCGACGCACGGCCAUGGACGCCAGUCUGUGGCAGGAAGCAUGUCACCGAGAAUUUGCCAUUCACCAUCCGUCGCUCUCCCCGCUCUCUCACCUCCUCCUCGACUCCCUCCCUCCCUCCCACUCUUCCGUGACCCCUUCCCCCACUUCCUACCCCCCCUCCUCCUGCUCCUCCUUUUCCUCCUCCUGCUCUUGCUCCUCCGCCUCAUCCUCCUCAGCCUCGCCUCUCCUCCCCCCUCUCCCCUCCCCUUUCUUCCGCAUCUUCCCCCGCGCCUACCUCUCCCCUCACCGCCCCUACCUCUGCCUCGCCGCUCGCCUCGCCCACGUGCUCCGUGGCGUCGCCAGGUGGCGCGCUCUCAUUCGCUACCGCCGCAGCAGCAGGCCCAGCAGGAUAAGCAACCGGGAAGGCCGGAGCACGUGGUCAUGGCGGGCAGUGCCGGCCCGUGUGGUGAUGCAAGGAGGUGUGACUAUAUGGGUGGCCUUCGACCUGGCGCGUGGGCAGAGAGGGGCUAGCAGUCCUGGGGGCACCAAUGGGAGCAUUGGGCGCAGAGAGGCGGCAGGGGGAGGAGUGGAGGACGGGGGUGAAGGGCAUGGGAGGGGGGAUGGGGGGAUGGUAAGGGGGAGGGCGGGUGAUAUGGGGGGGAUGCAUGAGGAGGAGGCGAUGAUGGUGGAGGUGCAGGGGUUGUGGCGGGGGGGAGGUGUGGGCACAGGGGCCAUGUGGGUCACUCUCUUCCGCACUCACACGGAUGCUAGUUGUCACAGUACCCAUGGCGCCCAUGCGCAUGCCACGCCUGCUGCUUCUGCUGCUGUUGCUGCUGCUGCUGGUGUUGCUGCUGGCGACGGUGGGCGGGAGUGGGUAGAGGAUGAAGCGAGGGAUGGGGAGGAGUGGGAGGACGAGGCGGGGGUGGGAGGAGAAGGAGGGGUAGGGGCAGAGGGAGGGGCAGCAGGGCAGUGGGAGCGAGUGCAGCAGUCGCACAUGACUGGCCUGUGCCUGUACUCAGGCUCUGAGUGGACCCUCCUCGCCUCUUUCUUCCACCCACCCGCCACGCCCCCCACCACCACCAUUGCUGCCGCCUCCUCCCCCUCCGCGGCUUCUCUAUGUGCUCGUGAGAGGGCGGAGGGGCAGCGAGGGGGAGGGGAGGGGCCACACGGGGUGGUAUUCCUCCACGCCAUGCACCUGCUGCACUGCUUCCCUCUCCCGCUCCCACACUCCACUCCCCUCUGCUGCCCCACCCCCACCUCGGCUGCCUCUGCUGCCUCCUCCUCUUGCGCCUCCUCUCCCCCGGCCACCCCCCCAUGCACCUCACUGAGCGUCCUCAUUGACUGGUGCCUGCCUCGUGCACUCCACUGCUCGCUCCUGCCCUCUCAAGCUCUCUCCAUGCGUACCAGACUGCUGUAA